ACUCUCCCUCUUUUAUACGGAAGCUUCAACAGCUGUUUUCGGCAUCGUGAAUGGAGACUGCGCUGACAUAUGAGCAAGCAUCGAAGAUUCGCACUGAACUGGACCGUCGCACUACACGAAUAGCGACCGUGAGUGAAUCAUGAUCAUAAAGGGGAACUGUCAUAAUCAGCUGAGUUCAGGAUACGGGGUAUAUUACCUGGGACUCAAGGUAUCGGAACAAUCCGUUUUGGAUUCCAUGCGUUUGCUCUUCGAAAAAAUCAAAAAAGGCCUGUGGUCCGACGAGAAACAGUACCCCGAAGUUCAUCGUACCAAGUUUAACCAGCGUUUCAAGCAUAUAAACCUAUGGUCUGCCAGCGUCGAAAACUCCGAGGUUGGAGAUCUCGGGGAAACAUUCGAGAGAUUCACCAAAGAGGAGGCUGACAGUUUGGAUGCCAUUGAAGUGAAGUUCACGAGGCUGAAGUGCAAAGUCAUCGGAGAAAGAAUCUACGUUGGGUUGCAACUGCAUUUCGAUAGCCAAGAAGUCCUGCUGCAACUUCAGGAUAUGGUCAUCUCUCGUUUUCGGAGGUUCCAAAACUUCGAGUUCGCCAAACCUUAUGAUCUCCAUUGCUCUCUUCUGUACGUUAACACGAAGUUCCCUCUGGAGAAAGUCGAAAGAGUCGUCAAUGAGUAUUCGAACGAGGUUAAGAAUUUCCGAGCGACUUUAAAACCAUUUAUAUUGAGUCACAGACGGGAAAUCCUCUAUGAAUACCCGGAAUCGCUCCCAACGUAUUUCGAAUCGGGGGAUAAAGCGCCAGAAUGGGUUUCUAGAAGUCUCUGUCUCAUGGAUUUCCCUGAAGGCAACGAUGAUGAAACCAUUGAGAUUCUGCGCUCAAUCGCCCGUAUGAGCGGUUAUCAUGAGUUCGCAGAUUAUAUGAUCGAACAAUGCGCAUGGGAAAGUAAAUACUACGAGAAGAAGAGAAUCGUUGCCAGAUUCUCUUCCGUGAGACUGCGGGAUGAUUUUCAACGUUACUUCAUGAGAUACUUGGCGAGCGUGAACUGGGAGCUUUUCGGCGCCGAUGUCAAUCCUAGGUACAGUGCAGACGCGAAGGUUGGCGUUUAUAAAGCGUUGUCGCGUGAGAAAGACAGUUUACAUUUCUAUGCUGAACAACUUUGCUGCAAGGGGCUACCGAAGUACCGAUCGAAAGUUGAUGUGGUCACUCUGGACCUCUAUCUACAGCAAUUGAACAAGCCCUACAAGAAACACUACUUCGACUCUCAGAGUGAAUUGGAUGACUUGAUCGAAGUACUGAAGAAAGAAAUCGGAAUCGAGUUCUUAUCGUCCGUUUGCUGA